AUGGAGGAAUGGUCCAAAGGCAGGAAGAAGGAAGCCCCGGAGAGAGAGCAAACACAUCACAGCAAGGACAUGAGCCGACGGUGGGGAGCCAAAGCCCAGACCCUGUGAAUGUUUGUCCAGUUCAUAUUGUGACUGCCACGUAUAUUCAGAAUACCAACUGGGCUGUAAUAUUAGGAUAUUACAGUUUCUAAGCUAGGAUGCCUUUCAAAAACGGGGUGGAAUUAACUGAGUUGCAGAAUAUGAAGGUCCCUGAAGAUGAUAACAUCAGCAAUGAUUCAAAUGAUUUUACAGAGGUAGAAAAUGGCCAGAUAAAUAGCAAGUUUAUUUCAGACCGGGAAAGCAGGAGAAGUCUGACAAACAGCCACUUGGAAAAAAAGAAGUGCGAUGAAUAUAUUCCAGGAACAACCUCACUGGGAAUGUCCGUCUUUAAUCUCAGCAAUGCCAUUAUGGGCAGUGGGAUUUUAGGCCUUGCCUUUGCAUUGGCCAACACAGGAAUCCUCCUUUUUCUGGUGCUUUUGAUUUCAGUGACAUUGCUGUCUAUUUAUUCAAUAAAUCUCCUGUUGAUAUGUGCAAAGGAAACAGGCUGCAUGGUGUAUGAAAAGCUGGGUGAGCAGGUCUUUGGCAUUCCAGGAAAAAUUAUUGUUUUUGGAUCCACUUCUCUCCAGAACAUUGGAGCAAUGCUCAGCUAUCUUUUCAUAGUAAAAAUUGAACUGCCCUCUGCCUUAAAGUUUCUAAUGGGAGAAGAAGAAACAUUUUGGGCAUGGUACCUGGAUGGGAGAGUUCUUGUUGUAGCUGUGACAUUUGGUAUAAUCCUCCCCUUGUGUUUGCUUAAGAAUUUAGGUUAUCUUGGAUAUACAAGUGGAUUUUCCCUAAGUUGCAUGGUUUUUUUCCUUGUAGUGGUUAUCUAUAAGAAGUUUCAAAUACUCUGUCCCAUAAUGGAGACAAAUACAACAACAAUUAUCCCAUCAAAUUUUAGCUCAGCACCUGAGUAUGGGUGUAAGCCAAAGUAUGCUAUCCUUAAUUCCAAGACUGUUUAUGCUUUGCCCACCAUUGCUUUUGCAUUUGUGUGCCACCCAUCCGUCCUUCCGAUUUACAGUGAACUUAAAGACCGCUCACAGAAAAAAAUGCAGAUGGUUUCAAACAUCUCCUUUUUUGCCAUGUUCAUUAUGUACUUUCUGACCGCCAUUUUUGGCUAUUUGACUUUCUAUGACACUGUGGGGUCAAAUCUGCUUCACAAAUACCAAAGUAAAGGUGAUGUCCUCAUUCUGACAGUGCGAGUGGCUGUAAUUGUUGCAGUAAUACUUACAGUUCCAGUGCUUUUCUUCACUGUGCGUUCUUCUUUAUUUGAGCUAGCUAAAAAAACCAAGAUUGAAUUACGCCAUCAUGUGCUGGUUACUCUUGUCCUGUUGGUUAUUAUUAAUAUGCUAGUAAUUUUUAUUCCAACCAUGAAGGACAUAUUUGGAGUUAUAGGGGUAACUUCUGCCAAUAUGCUGAUUUUCAUUCUUCCUUCAUCAUUAUAUUUAAAAAUCACACAACAGGAUGGAGCAAAACAGAGUCAAAGGAUUUGGGCUUUUUUGUUCUUGGCAUUGGGAUUAGUAUUUUCCCUCGUUAGCAUUCCUUUGGUCAUCUAUGACUGGGUACACACAGGAGACAAGGCUGAAGGCCAUUAAAGUCAACCUCAUACUGAAAAUACAUUCCCAUUUGCUACUCACCAAAAUCCCUAUCAACCUGGUUGCUGUCUUUUUCGUUCUUUGUGAGUUUACGCAGAUCAAAUCCAAAUAAUGAAAUACUGGUAUGGAAAAUAUUUAUAUGGAUGUAUCUUCUUGCAGAAAAUUGACCUGUUGUCCUAACAGAAAUACCAGUUUGUCUCAUACCAUUGAAUUCUCAGAUACUUACAUUUGUGCGGAUUCUCUGUAAGACUUCAUAGGCAUUGUCCAUUUGGUACUGAUCAUAAUGAACGUAUGUUUACUCUUCUGGCCAUGAAUUGUAUUUUUCCAUUAUUAAUCCUUUAUUAGUUAAAAUAAUAAUCUUUACUCCUUUGAAACAAGCAAUAUUUGUUUACAAUCCAAGCUCUGGAAUAAUAACCCCCCCAUUGUGUCAGCUCAUACCUCCUCCCUCUUUCACCAAAACUCUGUUCUUAAACUUUGCAUUUUAGAUCUGAUUUUUUUUUCAUUAUUAGUUUGUAAACCCUUUUACCUUAGGAGGUGUAGCAUUCCAGAGUGCUUGAAUGAAAAGCACGAUGAAAGCAUUGAUUGGCGUUGGAUAAUAGUAGGUCCUAAACACAGUACUUACUCUUUGUAAGAUUCCCUUGGAGCAUCAGCACAAGGUUUUUUGUUUUCUUCCUGUUGUUAUUCCUGUUGUUGUUUUAGUAGGGAGGAUUCAACACCAGCUGUCCACUCCAUAUCACUUACCUACUGUUCCUUUUGAAACUAAGCAAGAAAGAUACUUGGCAUAGACCAAUGAACAUUUGAAACUAAGAACAGAUCAAGCUAAUUUCUUUAUGGAAAGAGUCAAAAAUACUAAUUUUCCUCAAUAGAAACCAAUAUUUACUACUACUAAAAAGAGCAUCUGCUCUUCUAAGAAAAAAUGGCUAAUUCAUAGUUUCAUAGUAGCUAGGGUCAGGAGGGACCUGAACAGAUCACAGGAAUUCCAAUUACAUUCAAAGCCUUAAUCAUAAAUAAUAGCUUUUUCUUAGUUUUGAGUAUAGCUAAAGCUGACAGUGUAAAGACUGACACCCUUUCUAAUGCCAGUUUUCCUCUCAUUGAAAUCAGUAGUUUUACUGUAGUGAGAGCAGGCUUUGACCCUUAUACAAUCCUGGAUUUUUAAGGAGGAUCAGAAUCUUUGAUGUUUCCUUAAACAAACAUAACAUGGUUUAUAUAUGUAAAAAGCCUGGUUUAUAUUUUUAUCCAUUAAUUCUCCAUAAAAAAUUAAGAAAAUAGCUAUUAGUGUUAUUUGCAGAACCUUGUCUUGUACUUGUCCACAAAACUAACGUUUUCAUACUGCCAUAUUGUUGGUUUAGAAAACAGCUGCUAAGGAAUCAAAUGAUAUACAGGUACUCUUUAUAAUCACAUUCAGAAUCAUUGCUAAUAAUAGUGUACUACCAGAGACACAGACUUGUUUAUGUUGAAUUGUGUGAAUCAAAGGGAGUCUGCUGUCUAGCUCUCAAAAGUCCAUGCCAGCUUCCUAGUGAUGGAACUAGUGGCUCACAAGAGUCCUGAACUAGGAUAUUCAAGAGCUGACCUCUUAGUAAGCUGUGUCUGCUGGUUUGUGAUAACUCUCAUUUUCAGUGGUUGUUUCAUUUUACACUCAUACUGUAAGUAAGGAGGAAAAAUGGUCAUUAGCAAUUUAUGGGUAUCAUGUGUCAUUCGUUUUUCUUUUUAAUGUAAGAACCUGACAUUUCAAGAUUCUGGGCUUCCUGUGAGCUGCUGAUUUGCCUCCAACUCCCAUUGCCUUGUCAUGUAUCACUUGAAAUCAUUAAGAGCUGAGAUCUUACAGCAGCUCACAGGAGGUUCUCAGGACCUUGAAGAUUGAUCUCUGGAAAACUAACUUUGACCUUUGAAAAUAUCAUAGGUUACUGUGUUAUCUCACAGAAAUUCUGGGCCUUCUUCUGCCCAUUUCCUCUUCCUUUCCUCUUGUCUUUCUGCAACUAAUUAAUAAUAAGCAUUUUAGCCUGUUGAGUUGAUUGGGACUGUGACAGAAGAGAGAGUUGUGAUUUUCGAAGGCACACAUGAAAGUUAGGAGCUCACCAGAGAGCCACUGUAAAAUGGAAACAAACAGUCCUUUGUACCUUUGAAGAUUUCUCCUAUUACUCUCUUUCCAUUUCCUGACUCAGUUUGUUUGCAUACUGCAGUCUUAUUAGAUAAGAUAAAAAUAAGAAUCAGUAAGACAGAAGGAAAUUCCCCUAGGCACAGGACCAUCAGGGCCUAUCCACCACUUGCAUACUGAUAUUAGGCUCCCAAAAUAGGCUUGCACACGACUCAGUCCUUAAAUAGGCCUUUGUGCUGGUCUUUUGUACAGGGAUGAAUAUCACCCAUGUUACUGAUAUCAUAUAUAUAUAGAUAUUUAUGAAAGGGAGUCAUGUUUAUUGAUGUCUGUGAUAAGAAAAAUGUGAAGUAAUAAGCUUUUUAUUUUCUCAUCAGGUUUUUACAGUGGGGUCUGCAUUCUGUUAAGAAUGUAUCUGUUGACAUCAGUGAUGGAUGACAUUAUUUGUAUGAAGUAAUCUGUAAAAUGUACUGCUAUUAUUCAGUUUGUUUGGAAUAGUGAACUUGAAGCCAUCAAAUGUACAAGCCUCUCAUUUAGCUAGGAUUUUAAGAGCACAGUACAAUGCUAUAUACAAGUUUAUCUGUUGUUAAAUCAGUAGGAUCAAAAAUACCAUAUCUACUUAGCUGGUGGCAGCAUGCUGUCCUUUUAGAGAGAGUUUGUCACUAUUGUGAUCACUGCAGAUUUCAUAGAUUGGGUGUAAAACUACUUCUCGUAACUAUAACAGAAUAUUUUACAUUGAUCAUUUUCUUAAGAGCAGCAAUUUGGCAAUGAGAUGCAGGGAGAAAAUCGUUGUGAGAAUGGAUUCCUUGUCAUAUCAGAGGACCCCAUCCUGAGCUGAAGUUGUACCAAAUUGCAUCAGCUGAGAAUCAGACUCAUGGUUUUUUCUGCUUUUGGUCUGGAUAAGCACUUCAUUGACAAUGAGAGAAGUGAAAAGGAAGCUACCCUUUGCCCUGCCCUGUAAUGAACACAAUAGAUAACAUAAUGUAACAAAUUGCCAUCAUGGGUCUAGUUUCUUGGAAGUAAUAAUGUCCUUGGAGGAAGUUCACCUUUGUGCAGAGAUCCUGGCAGGAGAUCAGUGCACCAGUGAAGCUGUCUCUUCACUCACCAGUGCGCAUACAGCAGUGCAUUCACACUGGUCUUCUGCAGAAAGGAAAAGUCUUGCCCAUUGAGGUCUGCUCCAGAAGGUUGGUUUUCUGAGCUUAGUAAGAAUAUAUAGAUUGUGUUUCCUUCUGACAGGCCGCACAUGUGAUUGUAGCUUUGUUAAUGUGUAUGGAAAUGGUAAGGGUUCCACCUCUGCAUCUGCCUUAUAUGAUACAUAAGCACCAGACAUACUUAGGGUGCUACACUAAUAACAUCUAGUGAAAGAUCCACCCAAGAAUAGAAGCUAGGGCUGGUGUGGUUAAGGCACACUGGUUUCCGCUGUGAACAGUAUACAAGAAAUGUGGCUGGCAUCAUGUCUAGGUGCCUUUGACGCUCCAGCCCAAAUGACCAGCUGCACAUUUUCUGGGUCAGCUGGGAGCAGCCUUCGAUGCAAGUUCAGUACAAGGCUCAACCUCAAACCUCUAGGGCUGUGAUUGUCAACUAUAGUUCCCUGGCGCCCUGGGUGCUGUGAGAUCCUUUGUGGGAUUCCACACAAUAUUAGCACUGUUAGGUGUCCAGACACCUAAACAUGAUUCACAAGAUAAACCCAGAGAUUUCAAAUAGGAUUCCACAGUGUCAAACAUUCUGACUUGUGGUCUUUCUGAGCUCUUCAUAACAGAAUUGCUCAAUUAUUUUCUAAUAGUCAGAAAAAUGAGUGAAAUAUAGUUCUUGAAAUGGGGUACCACUAAAUUCAGCAGAGUUAUGGAGUGGGGCCUGGAAUCCACAGAGGUUGAGAAGCACUGCUUUUGUGAGAUGUCUUACCUGCUCUGCCACCCACCCCCUAGCCUCCCUUCAGUCAUUACAGCUGAGAGUUGGAACCUAGUAAGAUUAAAAAGCAUCUUGGCAAAAGAGACAACCCAAAAAACUUCCCAUUCAAAACUGUCCCAACCCCACUUCCAAAAUUCCAUCCCUGAUGUGCUCAGGACACAGGCACAACAGAAUGUAUUUUAUCUCAUCAGAGAUACCAAGAAAUGGUUUUAUAUCCUGUUACCAAGAGCUCAAACAAAAAUUUCCAAGAGCACUUGGCUUCAGGAAAACU